AUGCUGCCCAAAAAAAGAGGCCCCUUACUCCCCUCGCCCAUAUUCGAGACGCGCACGAUCCAUCGCAUACAGUGCACUCAGAUCAAAGAUCAUCACUCCCAUCCAGAAGUUGCCUAUUUUGAAGAUGCACCCCAAUUGUUCACCGGCGACUCUAAGGCGAGUGCCCUCCGUGGCAGGCGUCACAUAGCCGAUGUUGAAGACUUCAUGGAUUCAAAUUCCCAUAUAGGGGUCAUACUUUACCAAAUUUAUGAUUGUGAAGUUUAUCAUAAGGAGAUGGAGCCUCGAUUCCGUCCGCUUGAAAAACCAGAUGACCCAAUAACGAAGUCGUUAUUACCAUACUUCUUUCGACUAGACGAAGAUGGGAUCCCAGCGACAUCUCACAAACAGGCGAUGCACAUCCCAUCAGAUCACCUGCGAGAUGUGAUUGCCCUAUUGACUGACUUGAGCCCUGAAAUUAUAAUUGAACUCCAUGACCCAGAAUUCAUGCGGGAGUUAAUCUCACGGGUAUACCACCUUCGUGCGAUUCAAACCGAUUCAACCAUUUUAGAGAAGAUUGGGAAAAAAUCCUUUGAAGUUGCUGUUUGUUUUGUUGAAUUUAUGGAAAGGAUAUUCCGUCACGAAUACGAUGAGGCUGAUUCUCUAUUCUCGAAAGGAUUGAUGACAAGGUUUCAUCUGCCCAAGUUGUUUGCUGCAAAAGAGAUUCUCGUUACCAGGGAGCAAGGCCAACCUUUGGCCUAUGUUUUGGAUGAGUCCCCAGAGGAUUCCAGCCUUUUAUCCUGUUGGACAUGGAGAUUUGACGGUAGGUUCUGGAAAUAUCGUACAACUUUCGACAUCAAAUUGCAUGACGUGCAAGAUGGUACCAUUGACAUCACCACCCUAUCUAUAUUUCCCCUCAAGUACGCUACGCCCGAUGUACAGAGCUUGAUUGCAAACCGUGGGCGUCAAUUCUGGUCUGUUCGUCAUCGAUCAUACGUUUCCUACGCUUCUAAUGAGAAACAGAAAGAUUGGCAGAAUAUCCAACUACGAUAUAUGGUUGAUAUGAUUACUUAUCGGGAGCUGCAUCCGGAAAAAGAUCCAACUGAAGAGCGCGAGUAUCUGAGUGAUGAGAGCACGGAAGCUGAAGACCCACCCGAUGAGAAUUUUCUACUCCUAUUACCCGCCACAGUUCACGGCUUUGGCUUUCAAGAUAAGAAGUGGCGUCUGCUCCUUGUCUCGCAUAUUGAUGAAAUCAGAUGGAAUGAGCAAGCAUUCGAUCAUCUUGUGCUGCAUUCAACAAAGAAAGAGCUUAUUCGAGCCCUUGUCAAGAAGCAUGAUGCUACUAACGAGUCGACUGACGUCAUCGAGGGCAAGGGAAAUGGACUCAUACUUCUACUUCAUGGUGGCCCUGGUACAGGAAAAACACUUACAGCCGAGUCGGUUGCAGAGCUAACACACCGGCCUCUAUACCGGGUCACCUGCGGGGAUGUGGGGACAAAUGCAGAUGACGUCGAGGAGUAUUUGGAAUCUGUUCUCCAUCUAGGAAAGUUAUGGCGAUGUGUGGUCCUUCUGGAUGAGGCAGAUGUGUUUUUGGAAGAGCGAACACACCAGGAUCUACGACGCAACGCGCUUGUGUCAGUUUUCCUGCGGGUGAUUGAGUACUACGACGGAAUCUUGGUGCUGACGUCAAAUCGCAUCGGAACGUUUGAUGAAGCCUUCAAGUCGCGUGUACAGCUCAUUGUUCAUUACCCGAAGCUUAAGAAGGAGGAUCGGUGGCGUAUAUGGUCCAAAUUCUUCAAUAAUAUUCGAAACACUGGCGUGGGCAUGAAUAUUGAAGAGCUAGAAGAGCGUAUUGGAGACUUGAGUGACAACGAGCUGAAUGGACGAGAGAUCAGAAAUACGAUACAAACAGCGACACUUCUGGCCCAGUUCAAAGAAGAGCACCUACGAUAUGAGCAUUUGACGAAAGUUAUCUCUGUAUCGGAAGAGUUCAGGCAGUAUCUGCGUGAUAGGUUUGGCCAUGAUGAUGAAGAGCUUGUUCAACAGCGCCAGAUUCGGUAA